AUGUUCGAUCACUUAUUCGACCCUGAUGCUUUCCACCGUCACCCCAUCCCACCAGCCUUCUCACGCACAAACUACAUUGUAUCAGGUGCAUCUCGCGUACAACUCCCCUCGUUCAUUCCCAGAGAUCACCGACACGCCCACCCAAUGACACCUCACCAGCACCAGCACCAUCAUCACCCGCGUCCGGCCCGCCGCUACUCAGUCUACGCAGAUCCUUCGCCCACCUCCUCAGACUUCGAUCAAACAGAAGACACCUACCUGCAAUCCGAAUCCGACUCCAGUCUCACCCACGUAAAACACUCACCCCCCAGAAACGCCAAUGCCAACAACAACGCCAACAACAGCAGCAGCAGCAGCAAUGUACUCUCACCUCUCCACCGCACAUCCUUCAAACUACCCCAUACCACAUUCGCCAACCUCCCAUCCACCCACACUUCCUCCUCCAUCCUCAUACUACCCCCUACCCUAACACCACUGCACAUCCGCAUCGACACUCCCUCGUCCACACACCAGCUGCGCGCCACGGUAGCAGGCGACAUGCGCUUCCGGGACGUAGUAAGCCAGCUGGUGCAGCAGGGACAGUAUGCGGAUGUGAGAGCGAGUGUAAGGUUGAGGGGGGAGUGGCAGGAACCCGGGUCUAGUGUGAGGAUUAGUGAGGUGGUGCGGCAGUAUGCGGUGAAUGAACGGGGGGAGGUGGAGGUUAGGAUUGAGGUUGGGCGUGGAGGAGGAGGGGAAGGGGGACGAGAAGGAAGAAGGGGGGGAGGUGGGUAUGUUGGGGGGAUACGGGGGUUUAGGGCUUGGGAGAGGGAGACGGGGCGGGCGUGGGAGAUUAGGGAUUGA